CGAAGAAUUCAAGUAAACCUUUCCAAGAUGAUGAAACUGGUUGUUGUUGCUGCUCUAGCUAGUUUAAUUGCUGUUACAUCAGCAGGCUAUGGUGGUAUGGGUAUGUUAGGAGCUGGUAUGUUGAUGAACCCAAUGAUGUAUGGCGGUAUGAUGAACCCAAUGAUGUAUGGUGGUAUGAUGAACCCUAUGUUAAGUAUGUAUGGAAUGGGUAUGAUGAAUCCUUAUAUGAUGGGAAUGUACCCAGGCAUGUACGGAGGAUUUGGUAUGGGUGGCCUAGGGAUGAUGGGUGGUUUAGGAAUGAUGGCUGGUAUGACACCUUAUGGUGCCAUGGGAGGAUUUGGGGGUUUAGGACCAAUUGGUGCUGCAGGAAACUCCGCUAAUAGUCAGACGAUUGUCUAAUUACUAGUUUUAAUCGGUGUAAAUAAAACAUAUUUUGUUCAUA